AUCACGUUCAGCGAACUUUAUCGCAGUCCUCGAUUUCCCGCAGCUCUAUCCACUAACCUUUUAACAUCCGCCAAAUCAAAUGAUGGGAAAGCGCGUGUCCUCGAACCGUUCCUCUGCUCUGACGCUCGGAAGCGCGGCAACACCGUGGAUCCUCCAAGCCGUUCUGUUCGCCGCGGUCCUUUCGACAGCACCUCCCCUGGCUGCAGCACACCCUGACGAAAACCUGCCGCACGGCCCGAAGACAAAAAAGCCGCGCGGGUGCUACAAGUUCUGCAACAACCUUGAAUUGGGGUUUUACAUAAAUCGGACAGACGACACGUGGGCUGCAGGAGCCGAAGUCGCAGUCGCAAACUACAACUUCGAGCGAUAUGUUUUCGAUGAUACUGCAGAAGUUAUCAAAUCCGCCCAGUCCUCGCAGACUCUGAACAAGGUCAGGGAGUGCUGCGAGCGCUGUGCCUUGCAGGUCGGGUGCAGCUUCUGGCACUUGAGACGCAAAGACAAUUCCUUGCAUUGGCAAUGCACGUUGCUGAAGUCCAAGAAAGGGGUCACGGCAACGAAUUGGAACACGAAACAACCACCGUCAUACUUCGGCGGCGAAUGCAACCCCGAGCCUAAAACCGACGACGAUCCGCACUUCCGUGGCGCGGACGGCACGCGCUUCGACUUUAACGGCCUGCUCGGCCGCUCCUUCUGCCUCAUCUCCGACCGUCGGAUCCACAUCAACAUGGGGAUCAACGGCUACCGCCCCAUCGCGAAUCUCCCGGGAACUGCCACGUCACUGGACGAAGACUCGCUCGCUGCAGCGCUGGAAGCGGUAGCCAAUGAGAAGAAGCCACGUCAUAUUCGGGAGCUGGAGCAGGAGAGGCUGAGCGCUGAUGAGGUUGCUGAGCUGGAGAGAAUGCGGGCGAAUGGGAGUCUGCCGUUGACUGCUGAGGUGGUGGCGGCGCUCGAGCGGGAAAGCGGGAAUCGUGGGGAGGAGGAGAAGCACUCGAUUCAGUAUGAAAAGGAUGAGCUCAAGGCACGGCUGCUCAAGGGGAAGGCGAUUCGCAGCUGGAUCAGGGAGCUCCAAGUGAUGUGGCGGGAUGAGAUUGGUUCUCAGCACUCGGCGUACAUCAAGGCGCGAGACGGCAAGGAGCAGGGGCGGGGCAACGGUGGAUUCAUUGACCGGCUGGAAAUUGACGGCCAGCCGGUAGCCCCUCCUUUCGCAGCCGGCUCUUUCGUCGCCAGCGAUGGCGGUUUCAAGCUGCUGCUGGAGGAAACGCGGAGCAAGAAGGGGAAGGAGGAGGACGCGUUUCAGCUGACGAUACAGGGCGUGGUGGACAUGGGCGUCACGGCGCGCGUAGCGCAUCCGCUCAUGCAGACGGCGGACGAGGCACAAGCGCACUUCAACGUGGCUAUCGAGCAGCUCAACAACACGGAGGGGAUUCACGGCGUGUUGGGGCAGACAUUCCGCGGGGAGCCGACGCGGAAGGUGCAGUCGCUGCGGUACCGCCUGCUGACGCGGCUACUGCGGGAGGCGGUGGAUGUGGAGAGCGAGAGCGGCAGGGGGUUUCUGGACGGGCGCAUGGAGGACUACAUCACCUCGGGGAUCGGCGCGCCGGAUUGCAUGUUCGCUGCCGCGUGGCGCAGGGGCGAGCACGAGAACAGCGACGGAAGCGAUUUCAUGCGAUAAGAAAUGGAAUAGAAACGGUUCUGAGGCGUUCCUUGCCCUGAGCAUUGAAGGCAAUGGUGGCUCGGAUCGGGUUUCCAUGGAGGAAAUUGCAUGUACGCACGCUGCGGGCUUGGCGAAGGGGUCAAUCGGAGAGCGGCGAUGGGAGUAACUUCAUGGGACGUUUUUGGGUGCUUGCGAAGUGACGAGCUGCGAGUUGCGGCUUUUACAGAAGCUAGUGGCCCAAGUAUGGGCGGCGUAAUAAAUAAGCAUAAAUCAUGCAUAGAAAUUCCCCACAUACGAUAUAUUUGGUGAAGCUUGUAC